AUGGCACCACGACUCCCUGGAGGGCUCCUCCAGUCCCUCUGGGACACCCAAUUGACUAUCCCCCAUGUCUCCAUCCGCACAUUCGGCAUUCGAUCCCUCAACCCUCCCAAGCCCAGCCGCUUUAACAACAACCCCGGCCUGCCAAUCCUCGAAUCCACGUCCACCGCAGCUCUCCGUCGUAAGGCCAAUUCCCUCCCCCUUCGAACCGGCGCCAUCGGAAUCAAAAAGGGUAUGACCGCCAUCUUCGAUACCGAAACCGGCAAGCGCAUCCCCUGCACCGUCCUGCAACUCGACCGCGUUGAGGUCGUCUCCCACAAGACCCGUCAAAAGCAUGGUUAUUUCGCCGUCCAGGUCGGUGCGGGCUGGAAACAUCCUAGUAACAUGCUCAAUUCGUUGCUCGGUCACUUCUCUGCCAACGGUCUCUCGCCUAAGCGUCAUGUUUUUGAGUUCCGCGUUAGGGAUGAGGCGGGCCUGCUCCCUGUUGGUCAGAGCAUUCAGGCCAAUUGGUUCCAGGAGGGACAGUAUGUGGAUGCCAGGUCCAACACGAAGGGUAAGGGUUUUGCGGGUGUUAUGAAGCGUCAUGGUUUCCAUGGUCAGGAUCGGAGUCACGGUGUGAGUUUGACGCAUCGUUCGAUGGGUUCGGCGGGUCCUAGUCAGGGUGGUGGUUCUCGUGUCUAUCCCGGCAAGAAGAUGGCUGGAAAUAUGGGUAACACGCAAAACACUGUUCAGAAUCUUAAGAUCCUGAAGGUGGAUGUUGAGUCUGGAAUUGUGGUUGUGAGCGGUGCUAUCAGCGGUCCCAAGGGCUGCGUUGUCCGCAUCCAGGAUGCGAUCAAGAAGCCCUGGCCAGAAGUUGCCUUGACCGAGACCGCUGCCGCCACGGAGACUGCGACUGCGGCUUGA